AUGAGCAAGCUCCGUGGUUUGGGCGCUUCUGCCCGAGGCCUUCACGCUUCAGUUGCCAGGGGCCCUAACAACGCCAAGCUGGCAGCCCCAUGUGAGUCAGUGUGCUGCUUUGCCCGUGGCAGCGUCCGGAGCGGGGAGGAGAAGUGCUGUCAGUGGUUCUGCGUUCGCAUCCACCUGAUGGGAGUCAUGUUCUGCUGCUUCACCGGUGCCAUCCUCCUUUACCAAGCAGCCCCGCGUGUCUACAUGUUGCAGCAUGCGACGAAGGGGGAGGACGCCGGAAGUUUACUUCGAGUUUUGCAAGCCGCAGGCGCAGAGCCACUUCAGAAGCCGGAGGCUGAGUGGGGCAUUGAAGUGCUAAUGACGUCGUCCGGUAGCGCCGCGUUUCUGUUUCUUCUUGUGCUGCGCCUCCUGAGCGCCAUGGCCUCAGGUGCCAUUGCGUCGGGGGCUGUGGCCUCCGUGAUGCCAACGGCGCCAACGAUGUCCUGCCAGUUUCUUGACAAGACAAGAUGGGUCGCUAGUGUCGAACCCCCGGUUCUGCGGCAGAUCACCACUUUCAGCCGUCGCAUAGUUUUCGCGCCAGGGCUCCCAAUGGCUGCCUGCGUGCAGUGCCAGGAGGUCUCCCCGGACCAGGACGUCAAAGUGCCCGAGAUCGCAGCGGGAAAGCCUGAGCAACAGCUUCUGCGGCUUUGCAUCCACCAUGGCAAGAACAUGCCCAAGGAGCCCCUGCAUGUGGAAGUCGUGAUCGACGACGGGCAGCCAAGCGAGCUCCUGUUGGAAAGCGAGCCUGCGCCUGCCUCUUACUUCCCUACUUGGAACUACCUUCUCGAGCAGGAUGUCUCGGCACUGCAACCUCCAACCGUGCGCUUGCGGGUGAUGAGGCGCGGCCUUUUCGGCCGCCCGCUGGGCACAGCUCAUUCAACCCUCAGGCAUGCGGAUGUCAUGCGAAUGGAGGUAUCCCUGGAAGCGGAAGCCGGCGCAUUCGACGGAUUCAGCCCGGAUGCAGACAGCGCGCCGCGACUGGUGCUGGCCUACCAGCUGGGCAAGCCGGACAUGCUCAAGAAGGAUCUGGAGAAGGUUGCGGAGAUGAGGAGCCAGGCCCUGGAGCGCAAGGUUUUUCAUGUCUCUGCCCAGCCGCACAUGCUGACCUUGCGUGCGAUGCCGAGCGAGGGUGUGGUCCUGGAAAUUACGGGGAGGCGACUGUCGAGCCGUGAGGACGAGAAGUCACACGUGGUCACAGAGAUGAGGGCAACUGGCAGACGACCACCGUCCCUGAACAAAAGCGGAACUGCACAAUGCAAACAGGGGUUCACUGAGACGGUGAAAUCAUCUGCUAGAUCAAAGCGCCUGACCUUCAACGAGGCCCUCAAGUGGGACCUAAAGGAGAGCAAAGCGGGCCUCUCCGACUACGAGCUGCAGGUGGAUGUUCUUCAAGACAACAUGCUUCUUGGUAGGUGGCGGGACCGAUUGGAGACCCUUUGCGCCAGCAUAGAGGAGCACGGCCAGAAGCUCCAUUUCCGUGCUCUGCUCCAUCGUCGGGAGAAGACUACAGGAGAGGUGGAGAUGAUCUUGGAUGUGCACACUCAACAUGCACCCCCGCAUGAGAUGCCCUUACACGUCAAGAAGUCCGCGCUUCCUGCGCGAAAGGGCAAAGGAGGAGCUGCAUCAAAGGGCGACCGAUUCUAUGUGCACGUGGCAAUGCGAGGCACGUUUCCCCGGCCCUUUCUGACGGUCUGCUCUGGAGGCAGAACUGAGAAAGCUGGCAAGUUUCAUCCUUCGUCCAAGAGCUUCGCUGUGGGCCACUGGUUCGGGGGGGUGCAAGUGUAUACUUCCAAAGACUCGACGCAGACCAUCUUCGAGCUUUGGGAGGACGAGUCCCAGUCGAAGCUCUUGGGGAAGGCGAAAAUCUUCGACAGCUUCGCGGAGCGCUCGCCCUGCUGGCGCCAUGUGUUGGGGCCCGCUUCCGGGGCCCCGCGCCUGGACGCCGCCGAGGAGAUGGCCCGGUCACGGGAGCAGCCCUCCACCUACCAGGCCUCGCUGUACGUGGCCUUCGACCGUUUCUCAGGAGAAGUGGAGGGUCUCGUGGAGCAAAUGAAUGCUGAGAUGAGAUUCGUGCGCUUCAAAGUGCGCUUCUGUCGGGGCCUCUACCUGGCCAAAUACGCCGGCCGCUACGCCGGGCAGACGGCGGUGACGGCGCCGGUGACGGUCUUGGUCCAAGUGCCAGGCCUGGAAAGCGGACGCGGCGGCGGCUGUCCAAUUCUUCGCUUCCCUGGGAAGGUGGACCCUGACGGGACCCUAACUUUUCUGGAGAAGGAGAAGUCCUUUCUAGGACGGUUGGCCGGUGAUGUCAGCAUGGCUUUCUUCUACAUUGUCAGGGAGGGCAUGGACAAGUCGCCGCCGGAAGUCUAUGGCCAGUUGCCUCUCUCGAAGACAGGGAAGACAGCCGGAAGAUGGGUUCGGGCCAUCUGUGACAAGUCAGUGCUUGACGUCAAGGAAGGCUGGGAAACUUUCGCCGGAUUCCUCCUAGGCUCCGCGACGCUCGAGAAUGCGGAGGAGUUGGUGGCUGAAGCUUCGGUCAAGCAGGCCGAAAAAGUGCCGGAAGGGUCUCUGUGCUGUGGUGCAACAAGAGACGAUGUCGAGAUAAACGAGAUGUGGGUGCCCUCAGGGCCGACUGCAGAGACUGCAGAAGAGGUGAUGCGCUCAGAGCCGACUGCAGAGACUGUGGAGGAGGUGAGGCCUCAAAACGUGCCCUCAGUGAGGCGAAGGUUCCAACAAGUCUACUGCCAUGUGGACAUCCUGGCCGCCCGGUCUCUGCGCCAGGCAGAUGAUGACGGCCUGGCCGACCCUUGCUUUGAGGUCCAGGUGCAAAACCUCUGUGUUCGCUCGAAGACGGACCCGAUGCGCAGAACUGUGAAUCCCACCCUUCUGAAUCGCUUAGUCUUGGGGCCUCUGGACCUGGAGGUGGACGUGGAUGAUGGCCCCUUGGGGCCCAGCCUCUGCAAGGAACAAGAAGUUUGCCUGCCCCCAAUUCUGGUGCGCAUCUUGGACCACGAUGCUUCUAUGUUUUCCGAGACUUUCAAAGUCAUGGGCCAGGCAGUGGUGACGAAUGCCCAAGUGUUGACGUCGCCUUCUCAGGCAUCGGAGGAUAUCAACCGUUCCCACAAAGCUUGGUGGCACGCCUUGGACUCGGAAGGCAAGAUGGAGUUCCAGCCCAACUGUCUCGAUCCUUCCUGGGCCUUGCGCCCGCGAGUGCUGCUCGCGGCAGCAUAUUCUCUAGCCAAAGACGUCGCCCCUGUGAGCGGCCACGCAAGUCUUGCAGAGGUUGGCCAGGUCAUGAACAUUCAAACUGAACAACAGAUGAAAUACAGAAUUACACUGGAUUUGCUAGGCUUUCGGACAUCGACAGAGGAGAUGUUCCCUGGGGCGCGCCUCUCCCUGAUCCCGUUCUGGACCCCAUCCUUGCCAGCAGGGGGGAACAUGAAACUCGACUUCCAGGUCCACGACAAUCACAAUUUCCGUGGAAAAGAGAAGGAGGAGGAGCUGGAGGCGUUCAGAACCUAUGUCGAGGGCCUCAUUUCCAUGGAAAGCCAGAGCGAUGCCCAGAAAGCGAAGCAAAGCUUGGACUCCGAAGCAGAGAUCUCGGAGAUUUCGGAAUCGCCUUCGCAGGCAGAGCUGGAGGAAGAUGCGUGGCAGUUUGCUAUUGACCGUGCGGAGUUCCAAGGCGUACGUGUCUCGGCUCUCUUUGCGGGACCGGUGGUGCCCUACCUGCAGGCUUUGGUCAGGCAGAGCCCAGGAUCACCUGCUCCGGAGACGGUGCGCAAGAUGCAGAACUCAAGCUACAAGCCCUUCAUCUUGCUGCCUGACCUCGUUUUCUCGUUCAAAGAUGCAAACGGAAAGGUUUUGGGUUCGGCUUCCGUGAACCUGCCCAUCACCUACGAGCACCUUGGUGAGAGCCAUCCCGGUGCUCCUGAGAAGCUGCAGCAAAGCCUUGCGACCUGCGAUGUCCUGGAGAGCUGGAGGCCCAAAACAGCGGAGCCGAGCUUGAUGGGGGUGGCUGAAGGAGAUUUGGUCGAGGUCUUGAAGCGGGACAGCUCUGGCUGGACAUAUGGGAGGAAGCUCCCGUCCGUGACGGAAUCGAAGCUCCACGGCUCCUCCUCGGACUCGAAGAACAACCAGCUUCCCGAACUGACCGAGGGUUGGUUCCCCGAUGGCGUUGUCGAGUUCGACCCUGCGAGCUGGGUGGAGAAGUGCAUUUCAGAGUUACGGGAGCCGGAGGCUCCCAAGUCUCCAUCCUCAGAUAUACCUGUGCGACAUGGUCUGGAUCGGAUCCCUUUGCAAGAGGAGCCCGCAGAGGCCCUUUAUGACGUAUAUGUGGACGUUUUCGCGGAAGCCACUGGAUUGCUCACAUGGAAUGCGAACUUCUCAAUGGACAAAGGCUUGAACAGCCAGCACCUGUUCACGAUCGACACUGGGUCUGAUGAGAUUUUGCACUCUUUUAACCCAGCCGACUGGAUGUUCAACCACCCGUCCUCGGAUGGCGAAAGCUUCGAUUGGCGAGUAAUGCCAGUGCUGCGUUGCGACAGCAGGGUCACAAAGUCGCAAGUUACGAAGGUGCCUGAGCGGACGAACCAGGCGCCACUGGGCCCCACGGCAUUGUGGCAGAACGUGCGUUGCAGGGGGAAGAGGCUAUUGCUGUCUUCCAUGAAGACGCGGGAUUUGACAGCGAUGGCGGAGAAGCUCAACCAUCGGCUGGUGUCGCACCAGCACGUGCCGGAGGCCACUGGGAUGAUGGCGAGCUUCGCAAUAACGGGCUCUGGCUAUGGUCAAAACCUGCAUACCUUCCUUCGGCCAGUGGGCCACAGGAUCCGAGUUGAGGAGGAUCGUGACUCAAAGAUCUUGGCCAGAUUACGCAUGGGUCUACCAUCUCAUAUGAGGACCAGGAAGGACGCCAAGCCGGUGUCCCUCAAGGACUCCACGGGCGGCAUCGUGACGUUCACCUUGGAGCCGACGGGGACCGUCCGUGUGGUUAGAAACGCGAGGUAUCUUGCAUCCUUACAGCGACCACCAACCAUCGAGAAGCCGAAUCAGCCUGGUGGACAUUACCUGCUGGUCUUGCCGAGUACAAAGGUCCCCGUGAAAGCAGAAGAAGUUUCGAAGCAGCUGAUGAAGGUGGAGGCUCUAUUCGAGCGGCCGCCGGCCUCGGACUCGCCCGAGAUCUCCGAGCCGGCGCAGCUGACGAGCAUCCUGGUGGUGCGUUUCAAGAGCGAUGGCCAGGUCGUCUGGAGCGCACCGCCAACCGUGUGUUCCUGGGACAAGCCCGGUCAAGUACUCCUCGUUGUGAAGCUCGAAGCGUCGGAUUCGCUGGUUCCUGUGAGAGUACCCAACUUCGAUCUUCGGUUUGGAAUGGAAAGUUCCUGGUAUCCGUGCAAGACUUUAGUUGGGGCCGUCGAGAUGAAGAAGCAACUCGACGCCGCCCUCGAUGAUGCUGUUGCAAUCGACAUGCCCGUGCAGGACGACGUGCAGAAGCGCCACACCCCCAAGCCAGAUGGAUAUACGAAGCCUAUCCCAGUUACCCAACACGCAUUUUGCUGCCGCAUCCUUAAGCGGGGUGCCGUGGCGUUUGACCGCCCUCGGACGGCGAACUGGUACCGUUCACAGCUCGAGGAUGCCUUCCCAGAAAUCGCGAAGCUCCCGCUUGUCGCUCAAGAUGAAACAGUCGUGAAGAACUUCUUCCUGGACAAGUGCAUGAACCUUAGGCGGGCCUUGAGCAUCGAGGGUGAGGAGUCGGUCGGGAUCCUGAAGGGCCACGUCAUCAUCGAGGAGCUUCAGGAGGGAGGUGGUGACAGUGUCAGCGAAGAGUCAACCAUUGCGACCCCGGUCUUACCCCUGGAACGUCUCUGGGUCAAGAAGCUCUACGUCUUGAAUGUCUACAUCCUUACGGCCCGCGGCAUUUCGAACGCAACCGGUUCGCUUCGAGAUCCCUUUGUGAAGGUGUUCAUCCGGGGCGAUGAGGAGAAUUCCUUCGAGCAAAAGGCCCGCUGCAUCCACGAGACUGGCUCGGCCUGUGAUUUCUACAAGCUCAUUUCCUUGGACUUGGAGCUACCUGGCCACGGGGAGUUGGUCGUAAGGUUGUACGACAAGGAGCUGAUGUCCACAACCAGCUUGAUUGGGGAAGUCUCCAUUGACAUGGAGGACCGGCACAUUGCCUUCCUUGGCUCCUGGCUGCGUCAGAAGUCGAACGCAGAGUGGAUUCGCCGCAACAUGUCUCCGCUCACCAAUCAGAUUGUCAGAGGUGAGGCGCUCGCUACGGCUAACUUUGCCCCAGGGAGACGGUGGUUAGAACCGAAGCAGCUGCGAGUCGAGUUUCAGCAGUCGCUCCACGACAGAAACAGCGUCGUCCCCAAGCAGCAUUUUGAGGGCUGA